AAAAAAAAAAAAAAAAAGUAAAAUUGUACUGAAAUUUUGAAAAAGCCUGGAGCCCUGGGUACCAACCACCAGGCCGGACGGACCCUAGAGAGAGAAACCCCAUUUUUUAGAGAGAGAAAAUGAAAGGACUGAAAAAGAGGAAUUUUACGGACCCCGUACAGUCCUCCGGACCUCCGCCUUCCGACGCCACCACUGCCGUGGUGUCUGUGAAUUACGGCGGCGUUGUGGCGGAGGAGGAACGGCGCCUAAUUCCCGAGGGGAGUGAGAAAUUCGAAGCCGCGGAGGAGGGUUUUGAGGAGGAAGACGGAGAAGAGGAUGAUUCCGAUGCUGAGAAGGACUACGAGCAGACGGACAACGCACCAGUGGAGGAGGCGGCGGAGGCUGAGGGAGAGAGGACGAAGCUUGCUGAUGGAUACUAUGAAAUUGAGGCCGUACGCAGAAAACGCGUUCGAAAGGGUAAAGUGCAGUAUCUCAUAAAAUGGCGAGGUUGGUCCGAGGCGGCUAAUACUUGGGAGCCUGUGGAGAAUCUGUUGCAGUGUUCGGAUAUUAUCGAUGCAUUCGAAGAAAGCCUUAAAUCCGGAAAAGGUAGGCCCACACGCAAAAGAAAACGCAAGGCUGGUGUAAUUCACGUUCAGACUAAGAAAAAACCGCACCUGCAGCCACACCCGCACCAGCGAUCUCCUGUGGUUGCAACUUAUAACGUGCCCUCGCACGUGAUCAGGACCACCAAGGAGCCUGUAUCCUUUCCGAGGACAAACGACUCCAGCUGUCCAAAUGUGAAUGGGGAUAUAAAUGUCAAUGGCGUGAACAACAUAGGAACCUCCGUUAAAGCAAAUGAUAAUGGUGCAAGAACAGUUUCUGUCAUAAGAGAGGAAGAAAAGGAGCAAAGCGACUCAGAUUUGAGGCUCUGUGAAUUAAGGGGUGCAAUGGUGAUUAGCAACAAAGAUGCUGACAGGCUGGUGAUUGCCUCCCAAGAAGGCAAAAUGACGGAAGGAGAUUCAAUUGCAAAUGGAGUAAAAAAUCCUGAGGGGGCGGCGGCCCCCGCCCAAUUAGGUCGUUGUAUCGGAGCUAAGAAGAGGAAAUCUGGUUGUGUUAAGCGAUUCAAGAAAGAUCCAGCAUCGUGCUCUGUGAAUGAUGCACUGAAUGGAGAUUUGGCAGGUGCUUCGGUUGUGCCUACUACAAGUGUUCGAUGUCCGGAUUUUCUUGGUAAUAAUACGAAUUGCAAGAAUAAGUUGGAGGAUCCGAAACCUGUGUGCACCAUCACCCAAAUCGUGAAGCCUAUAAGCUAUAGAGCUUCCUUAUCGAGCAAUGUCCAGGAGGUCUUGGUAGCCUUCGAGGCUGUGAGGUCUGAUGGAACCAAAGUUACAGUGGAUAACAAGUUUUUGAAAGCUAACAAUCCACUUUUGCUGAUAGACUUUUACGAGAAACACUUACGAUACAGCCCCACAUGAUGAAAAAAUUGAUUAACUCAGUCCAAACAAGCAGCAGCAGAAGAAAUAGCAUUUUCUAUUCCUUGAUGUAUAGCGUUGUUGUAAUUUACUGUAGCAAAAGUCUCCAUAGGAAGGGUGGUAUAUACUAUAUAGUGUUGCAAGCUGGAUUUAUUUUUAGUAGCAAAACUUGUAUUCUCUUGAUUUCGAUUUUUAACAAUUUACCUUCAUAGGAUUUGAGUUAUUAUCGAACGAUUAUGAUUUAAAAUGAUGAAUUUACAUUUUUUUACAUUUU